AUGGGGCUGUCCAUCACCCGGGUGGCGGCGCUGGGGCGGAGCCUGGCGCAGGAAAGGGGGCGGAGCCUGGCGGAGGGCGGGGCCCUGCGGGCACUGGAGAUCGCGGUGGGUGGAGCCCGAGCCCGGAUGGGCGGAGCCUGUCGGGCACGUGACCGAGCCUGCGAGCGCCUACGUCACCAGCAGCCCCCAUGCCCCUAUGGGUGCCGGGGGGGCCGGGACCCCGAGGUGCUGCGGGCGGCGCUGGCGGAGCUGCGGGGGCACAACCGGGCGCUGCUGCAGCUGCUGCACCAACGGCAGGCCCAGGGGCGGCAGCAGCACCCAUGGGUGCCCCCCGGGACCCCCGAGGCCGCCCUGCGCGCCCGCUGCCAGCACCUCCAGGAGCUGCUGCGGAGAGAGGCCGGGCGGGACCCCCCCCCUUCCCCACCGGACCCCCCCUUCCCCACCGACGUCUCCUGCUUCCCGGGGGAUAACGAAGACCCCGGAGCCCCCCCGGCGGGUGAUCACGGGGGGGUCCCAGCCCUUCCCGGUCCUUCUGGUGCCCGCGGGCAAGUUCCAGACAGCCUUUUGGUACCCACGGGAGAUGAAGAACCCACGGACAACCCAAAUCUUGCCGAAAUCGACCCCCCCGGCCCCUCCCGACCGGUUUCUCCGUCCCUUUACAUGCUGCGGCUGCCGCCCCCGGCCGGGGCCUACAUCCAGAGCGAGCACAGCUACCAGGUGGGAAGCGCUUUGCUUUGGAAGCGGCGCGCCGAAGCCGCUCUGGAUGCUCUGGAUAAAGCCCAAAGGCAGCUCCAAGCUUGUAAAAGGAGGGAACAGCGGCUCCGGCUGCGGGUGGGAGAGCUCCAACGGGAACGUCGGCUCCCCCCGGAUCUUCGUCGACCCCCCAAGGAACCCCCUCCCCGGCUGGUGGAGCUGGAGCUGCUGGGGGAGGACGGUGCAGAGUGAAGGUCUACCCGGCUUCUUUCCACCCCCCUCUCCCGGCUCCGGGGAAGGUUUGUAAAUAAAGAUUUCACCUUUUUUUUUUUUUUUAAAAAUGAAAAAUCCGGGGGAGGGGUGGCUCACGGCUGGGAGAAGGAACAGCCUUCUGUGUUUUUUUUCUCACCGCAGUGGGAGAAAUAAGCCCUUUUUUGUGUUAUUUCACUCAUCCCGGCGGGGGCUGGGGAGGGGAAGGGAGAACCAACGCCGUCGUGGUGGGGGGUGUCUCUGAGGUGUCGAGGGGGAGCCCCCCCCACUCUGCCUUCAUUAAUCGAGAUUAGAAAAAUCAGGUUGGGGCUAAAUAAAGCGAUUUUUGGUCCA